UUUUUCUCUCUACAGAAAACAAUCUCUUCUUUAUCUAUUAUCUUUUUAUAUUUACUAGUCUAAUGAUGCGCCAGCUUCGAUUUCGUUUUAUACAUUUAGCUAUUUUACUUAUUUCGAUAUUUUUCUACACAAAAAUGCGAAGGGUUUCGAAAAUACAAAACUUUCUUACCGAACAGAGUAAAAGUUUAUUUAAUAACCAAAACGAAUUGAAUGAUUAUAGAGAACAAUUUAGGAAGUAUGCUUUAAACAUUUCUCUCAACUUUCUCUGCAAUCUUCGUAAAUUUCCCGGUGCUAUUGAGAAUAUUGUUGCUGUUGUUUUUGACUCUUAUUCUCAUCAAAUUUUGAAGGAAUCAUUUACAGAUAUUGGGGGAAUUGUGUAUUGGAAUAUUCCUGCUUUGGAAGAAAAAUUCUCGUCGGGUGAUGGUCGUUACCAAGUUUUUCAAUAUUUUCGAGCUAAAUUGGUUUCUCUUUUGACUGAAGUUACUGAUCAAUUUUGGAUGGUUCAAGCAGACACAAUUUGGAAAGAAAAUCUUUUUGAAAUUGUUGAUACGGAAAGUCAGGAAUUUAUUAAUGCUGGAAUUAUUUUUGAUAGUGAAGGCUCUGAAGGGCUACUACGGUAUAUGAUAGCUGGAGGAUACUUUUUUGUUCGUUCAUCAAAUUCUACAAAAAGAUUCUUUGAAUCCGCGGCAGAAUUUUUAUUAAAUAAUUUUGCUACUGACAAUAAUGUAAUGAAUCGUUUAUGUAUUCAAAAAGCAUUUGGCGUUGAAUGUGGUCAGAUAAAUUAUAGGUAAAUUAUUUAAAGGAUAUGAAUUUAAUAAAAUGUUUGACAAAAUGGUACAUGUGGGAAAAUCCGACGAAACGGUUCUAAGUGUUAAACACGACAAGAUGGUACUUAGGGUAAAAUUCGACAAAAUGGUACGUAG